GGGCGGGUGAAUUGUCGGGGAGGACCGGCCCCGGGAUGGGUCCACUCAUUUCCGGUGACGGAGAAUUACGUAGUGGUGCCGGAGAUGCCGUUGAGAUACUGUGCUCAGAAUCUGCUGAGGGCGGAGCCGACGCCACUGUACAAGUUCGAGUGGCGGCCGGAGUCCAAAGCCUUCAUGCAUGUCAUGUGCAAAGCUAGUGGAAAAAUUGUGACGAGCGUGGAAGUACCAUUGUACAUAACGUUUCACUUUAUAAACGCAUACGAAGAGCGGGACGAAGAAGGAAGGAUUACGGCUGUGAUYGCAGAUUGCUGUGAGCAUAAUGCCAAUCCCGUAAUCCUCGACAGGCUCAGACUUAACAAUCUUCGUCGGUUCGCUCUCAAAGAUGCUCUUCCUGAUGCUAGGGUGGGAAGGUUUAGAAUUCCAAUGGAUGGGAGUGGGAAUGGGACUCUGGAAGCAGCUUUGGAACCUGAAGAACAUGGCAGAGGAAUGGACAUGUGUAGCUUUAACCCUGCCUUUUUGGGCAAGAAAUAUAGAUAUGCAUAUGCUUGUGGAGCUAAAAGACCCUGCAAUUUCCCCAACACUCUCACCAAGAUUGAUUUGGUGGAGAAGAAGGCCAAGAAUUGGCACGAGGAUGGCGCAAUCCCUUCCGAACCCUUCUUCGUGGCUCGACCUGGUGCAACAGAAGAAGAUGAUGGAGUGGUGAUCUCCAUGGUCAGUGGCAAAAAUGGAGAAGGGUAUGCUUUACUACUAGAUGGAUCCACAUUUGAAGAGAUAGCUAGAGCAAAAUUUCCCUAUGGUCUUCCUUAUGGCCUACAUGGAUGCUGGGUUCCCAAGACAUAGAAUCACUUCAUCAAAAGAAAAAUUAGAAGCAUACUAUAAGGUUGGUAAAUAGGCAUUUACAAUGUAAACAGUGCCAAGUUAAAGAGAGUAAUACAGAACCGUACAUGUGGCAAAUAAAUCUGCAGCCAUGUGUCAUAGUUAUACUCUGUGUAGUAGUAGAGCAGAUUGUAUGUAGCUUGUAGCAGAUUCAUCUGUUCAUCUUUUACCCUGGCCCUGUGAAAAUAAUAAAUACAACUUUGCUUUUGUA